GAGCACGCAGCCGCCAUUUUCAUCGAAUAAGGAGUAAAAAGUCCUGCAAGAGGAAUUGUUCAGAUUCAGUAUUAGUUUAAUUUAGUUAAAUUUCCCCUGCAAAAAACAGUUCUGUUUUGGAGUUUAUAUAUUGGAGACCCCUGCAAAAGAAAACUUUUGUUGCCGUGGGAUUAAAGACACUUUUUCUGUUGUUGCAAAGGUGCUGCUUAGGCCUUCUUUUUGCAGAUCUCUGUUCCGGCACGUUGUAACUUGCAAUUGGAAGGGGGUUAAAACCCCACACUUUCUCUCCCUGUUUGACUGAGCCUACACUUCAGACGGGGGCUCUGCCUUGGACACGAUUUGGGGGGGCGGGGACUGUUCAUAUUUUUAGAAAAUGAUUAUAGAAAACCUCGACGCACUGAAGUCGUGGCUGUCCAAGACGCUAGAACCAAUAUGUGAUGCUGACCCUUCGGCUCUUGCUAAAUAUGUUGUUGCCUUAGUGAAGAAAGAUAAAAGUGAAAAAGAGCUGAAAGCACUGUGCAUUGACCAGCUGGAUGUAUUUCUUCAGAAAGAAACACAGUCGUUUGUUGACAAGCUUUUUGAUGCUGUGAAUUCAAAAAGUUAUCUACCUCAGUUUGAGCAACCUUCAACAAAUUUACGAACUGAUGCUUAUCCACGCCCAGAGAAAGAUGAUGUGAAAAAAGAGGAAAUAAAUAAGGAAGAGGAGAGGGAGAAAAAAUUCUCAAGAAGAGCGAUCCAUAGCCCACAGCAGUCAAGUUCACGAUAUAGGGAUAACAGAAAUAGAGAUGACAGGAAAAAAGAUGACCGCUCAAGGAAGAGGGAUUAUGAUAGAAAUCCUCCUCGAAGGGACUCAUAUAGGGAUCGAUAUAACCGGAGAAGAGGCAGAAGUCGAAGCUAUAGCAGGAGUCGCAGUCGUAGCUGGAGCAAAGAUCGUCUUAGAGAAAGAGAUAGAAGCCGGAGCAGAAGUCGGAGUCAAAGUAAAACUCGAAGCAGAGAAAGAGAAAUUGGAAAAUCAAAAUAUGAACUGGACAGACAGGAACGGACUGAACAAUCAGAGACUACAUAUACUCCAGGACCAUUGGUUUCAAAUGUAUCAUCAGGCCCUUAUCCUGUUCCAUCAAUUAGUAGCACUAUAACUGUCAUAGCACCAACACAUCAUGGUAACAAUACAACUGAAAGCUGGUCAGAGUUCCCUGAAGAACAGCUCGAUCAUAGCUCCUAUGGAAGAGGACCAUUGCCAAAAAAACGGUGCAGGGACUAUGACGAAAAAGGCUUUUGCAUGAGAGGGGACAUGUGCCCUUUUGACCAUGGAAGUGAUCCUGUUGUUGUUGAGGAUGUGAAUCUACCAGGUAUGCUGCCAUUCCCAGCACAGCCACCUCCUGUAAUUGAAGGACCACCUCCACCUGGCCUUCCACCACCACCUCCUUUAAUGACUCCACCUCCUGUGAAUUUAAGGCCACCAGUGCCUCCACCUGGUCCGCUUCCGCCAAGCCUUCCACCUGUUGCAGGUCCACCACCUCCCCUCCCACCACUUCAACCUGCUGGAAUGGAUGCACCGCCUAAUUCUAUUACAAGCUCUGUACCUACUAUUGUGACAUCAGGAAUUCAUCAUCCACCCCCUCAAGCACAACCUCCGCUUUUCACUUCAGAAACCUAUGAACCAGAUGUAUAUAACCCAGAGGCACCGAGUUUAACCAGCUCUACAAGACCCAUGUAUAGGCAUAGAGUACAUGCUCAAAGACCAAACUUAAUAGGACUUACAAUGGGAGAAGUGGAUCUUUUGCCUAGAGAAAAACCUUUAAACAAUAACAUGAGAAUAGUUUUGGAUUCUGAAUCCCGAAAAAGACCUACUGCUGCAGAGAAUGUGAUUCCUCAGAAAAAACCAUGGUUUGAAAAGCAGAAUUUCAAUAAACCUAACAACCAGGGUUUCCAAAAAAAAAUACAGUUUGGAGCCGAAAAUACAAAGCUUGAAGUGCGCAAGAUACCUUUAGAACUAAAUAAUAUCAGCAAACUUAACGAACAUUUCAGCAAGUUUGGAACAAUUGUAAAUCUUCAGGUAGCUUAUCAUGGUGAUCCAGAAGGUGCCCUAAUUCAGUUCUCAUCUCAUGAAGAGGCUAAAAGAGCUAUUUCAAGUACAGAAGCAGUGCUUAACAAUCGGUUUAUUAAGAUGUUCUGGCAUCGGGAAGACUCAGCAUCACAUUUACCACCUCCUGUAGAAAAGGUACCUCUGACUUCAACACAGCCAUCAAAUAUUACGUUACUUAAACAGUCUGUCAAGGAUCGUUUGGGACCCAUACCAACAAGUACAGCUGAGCCAAUGCAGCCUCAAGCUUCCAACACAGUCAUGACACAGAACCCAGGAAAACCUUCUGUAAAGGAGAGGUUGGGUUUUUCCUCUAAACCAGCACCAGCUACUGCUGAAAAGGUGCUGUCCACUUCAACAGGUCUUACAAAGACUGUUUAUAACCCUGCUGCUCUGAAAGCAGCUCACAAAGUAGGAUCAUUUCCAAACUCAAGUGGUACGGAUCAUAGUGAGGCCUUGAAAAAGAAACAGGAAGCAUUACGUCUUCAGCAAGAUGUCCGGAAAAAGAAGCAAGAAAUCCUUGAAAAGCAUAUUGAAACACAAAAGAUUUUGAUAUCAAAAUUGGAGAAAAACAAAUCCAUGAAAUCUGAAGAUAAAGCUGAUAUAAUGAAAACUCUUGCAGCAUUAACAGAAAGCAUAACGAAGCUCAAAGAUGAACUUAAAGCUGUUUCCAGUGGUAUUCCUCAAAAAGCCAUAAAAACAAAGACACAGAUGCAGAAAGAGUUGCUUGACACAGAGUUGGACUUGUAUAAAAAAAUGCAGGCCGGGGAAGAUGUUACACUACUGAGAAAGAAAUACACUGAGCUGCAGCUUGAGGCUGCAAAAAGAGGAAUCUUGUCCUCGGGACGUGGAAGAGGUACACACACAAGAGGAAGAGGUGUUUUAAGGAGUCGUGGCAGAGGAAUUCGUGGAAGAGGACGUGGUGCUCCCGUUCAUGCUGUUGUUGACCACCGGCCACGAGCUUUAGAAAUUUCUGGUUUUACAGAAAUAGACAGAGAAGACUUGCUUCCUCACUUUGCACAAUUUGGGGAGAUAGAAGACUGCCAUAUUGAUGAUUCUUUACUUUCUGCCAUCUUAACAUACAAAACAAGAGCUGAGGCUGAAGCUGCUGCACUUCAUGGAGCCCGUUUCAAAGGUCAAAAUCUUAGGCUAGCAUGGCACAAGCCUGUGACCAUCUUUACAUCUGUUGAACCUGAAGAAGUAGAACCUGAUGAAGAGGAGUUUCCAGAAGACUCCCUCGUAGAUGAUGCUUUACUUCAAGAUGAUGAUGAAGAUGAUGAUGACAAUGAGUCUCGAUCGUGGAGGAGAUAAUUUCAAUAAAAUUGAAUUUUUUUUUAUUUUUUUUUUUUUCCACCGAUGACAAACUGCUUUAUCUGACAUGUUUUUAAAUUUCUUUUAAACACCUCACAAUGUUUGAUUGGAAAAUUUUGUUUUUGAAAUACAGAAAAAAUACUGAUGUCAUUAACCGGUUUAUGUUUGAACUUCUCUUGUACAUAUUGUAGGAGGCACAGGUGUAAAGGUUUUCUUUAUGUAAAUUUUUCAGUGACCUUAAAAAGAUUGCACAUGCUCUCCUUUUUUCUUUUAAUAUAUUUGGUCAAUUUAAUGACCAAAUUUGUUUUAUUGAGAGAGCUAGGUUCCAUAUUGUUAUGGAAUGAGGUAAAACUUGGAAAUUGUUUGAAUGUGUUGAGUUUUGAGACAACCACAAUUGUAUGUUACAUCUUUGAUUAAAAAAAGUGUAAUGCACAGAUAAUCUUGCAUAGUAGGCUUUACUAUUUGUAGUAUUAGCCUCUUGGUUGUUGGUUUUGUGUAUGUAUUUUACGUAUGGAUUUUAAUGAUGCGUUGUAUGACUGCUAUGCUUACAAGUCUUUUUGGACUUUUUUCUUUCAAAUGUAAAAAUAAAGAAAUGGAAUGGUCUGAUACAGAAGAAGAAAAAGAAGAAAGCAAUAAGAAAAAAAAAUGUAAAAAAAAAAAAAAAAAAAAAACCAUUCCAAACACCACCCAUGUUUUCACAAAAAGAGCUAAAAUCCAUUCCAUUUUCAUUGCAUAUGAAAAAAAUACCAUUUUUUAAUUUUACAAUUGUACGUUAUAUUUUUUCUUAGAAAUUUUGUAAAUUUAAUUUAUAAGAAAAUGUAAUUUGUUUUUUCAAAAUGUAUCAACGAUCAUCACUACAGACAUGGAAAGUAGGUAAGUAAUAUAUAAUUAUUGGCACCGUGUUGAAUAUUGAUGUGUAUUUUUCAAAUCUUACAGUAGACCUGUUUUUAUAUUAUCUACAGAGAAGAGUUUGAGUUAUGAAUUGGAGGACGUGGUUUGCCGAUUGUUUGCAUUGUGCUGUCUGAACAAGUGUUAGUUUUGUAUGCAGUAAAUCUAAAACUAUAGUUAAUGUAAAGUAAAAGAAACAAAAAUUCUGAAAAUGCUUGAUUGCUCAUUUGAUAAAUUCUGUUUUCCGAUUACUAAUCAUACUAACAAUAUAAAUAUAACACAUUUAUACCUUCAGAUAUCUGGUUAUUUUCUGGGUUUAGUAUGUUUUAAUAUAGUUUUAUCAAAGCCUAAAAUACACUGCACUAUUUUAAAAUGUGGAAUUUGUAGUGUUACUAUUAGUACAGUACAAAUAUAACAUGUUAUUGUAUCUGACAUGUAGUGGAAGUAGUAUUUUAUUUUCCCCCCCCAAUGUCAGCAGAAUCACUCAUGUACUGUAUAGUUAUAAAAUAAUACAAGAUGAAAAAAAACUUUCAUUACAUAUUUUGUAUCCUACAAGCUUAUGUUAAACCUUGUAUCAGUUGCACUUUGUAACAUUCAGAUAUUUUUUCCCAUUCUGUAUAUUGCCAUUUGCCCUUUUCAUAUUGUUAUGCUUGCUUUAAUUAUUUUUUCUUUUUCACAGAUACACAACACUCCCUUUAAAAUGAAUGGAACAAAGAAUAUCAUACUGCUAAAAUGUACAUCACAUAACCAUUGGAGUCGGUCCUUUUCAGAGGUUUCUGAAAGUACAUGCAAUACACAAGUUUCUGAGAAAAUGUUUUUUUUUUUUUUUUUUUUUUUUUUUUUUUUUUUUAAAUACUAACGUAAGCUUUUACUGGAAAGCAAGGGACCCAUAAAAUAUGAACUUUAACAAAGGUCAGCGAAUGUAUGCCUCAUAUUGAUGCUUUUUUCUGCCAGUACCUGACCAUCAGUUACAAUGUGCCCUAUACAGAAGAUAACAGGCUAAAAAAACUUAAUAUUGAAAGCUAUUGCCUUUGGUAGUGAUUAUGCAUCUUUUAAGGCAGUUGCAUACAAGAGUAUUCAAGAAGAGUGUAAUUGCAAUCUAAAAACUUCAGCUUCUUAUGAGUCACUAAUUGUGUUUUGCUUUAAAUUCUGUGUAUACAGUAUAUUUACUUGACAACAUAUUUUGUAUUUUCUUUCGUAUUGACAUCAGUUUUAUAGUGUUAAUAUAAGAAAUCAAAUACAUGUAAAUAAAUAUAUUUUUAUAUU